AUGGAGUCUGACGCUUCGGAUUUCGCGUCGAAUUCGUCGCCGAGCGGCGGCCGGGGAACCGGACGACUCAUCCGGUCACGCGCCAUGCGGUUUGUGCGGUCCCCUGUUUCAUCCCUAAUCGAGUACUCUGGCGUCGUUCGGUUGUUACGGCCGGAUUACUACUCCGAAGAAGCCCUCCCUCUCGUCGCCGAGAGUUCCAGAUCCGCCGCGAAUGGUGUAAACCCUAGCGAUUCUGGGAAUAGCCCCGGCGAGGUUUCGAUUCGGAUACUGGGGGAGCAGGAUGGAGCUGAGGGUGGAGGCGAUGGCGAGGACGGGGUGGGAUUGGGUGCGAGUGGGUCCAUGGUUGGGGACGAUGGUGCGAACGGGGAUGGACCAGGUGCUAGCGCCAGCGGUGACGCUGGUAACAGGGAAGGAUCGUCGCAGCGGAGGUAUGAUGUUCGGCGGGCUGCUAGGUGGGUCGAGCAGGUUCUUCCGUUUACACUGCUGUUGCUGAUUGUUUUUAUCCGGCAGCACUUGCAAGGAUUUGUCGUUACCAUUUUCUCCACCAUAGUCUUGUGCAAGUCUGAUGAUGUUCUGCGGAAACAGACUGCUCUAAAGGGGGAAAGGAAGAUUACUGUCCUAGUAGGUUAUUCUGCUUUCUUAAUGCUUCAUAUAUUAGGAAUCUACUGGUGUAACUGGAGCAGUGAUCUUUUCCUUCCAUUGUUGAUGAUUCCUCCAAAAGCAAUUCCACCUUUCUGGCAUGCGAUAUUCAUCAUCCUGGUAAACGAUAUAAUGGCGCGACUAGCAGCCAUGAUCCUGAAGUUUCUUUUGUUACUGUAUUAUAAGAAUGGUAAAGCCCAUAAUUUUCGCAGGCAGGGCCAAAUAUUGACCUUGGUUGAGUAUGCACUGCUUCUUUACCGUUCUUUGUUGCCAACCCCAGUAUGGUAUAAAUUCUUCUUGAACAAAGACUAUGGGAGUCUCUUUUCAUCAGUAACGACAGGAUUGUACUUAACUUUCAAGCUAACAUCAAUUGUCGAGAAAGUUCGAUCUUUAUUUGCCGCCUCGAAGGCAUUAUCCAGGAAGGAAGUUCAUUACGGAUCCCGUGCCACGCCAGAGCAGGUAAAUGCAGCUGGAGACCUGUGUACUAUAUGCCAGGAGAAAUUGCAGACACCCAUUGUGUUACGCUGCAAGCAUAUCUUCUGCGAAGACUGUGUUUCUGAAUGGUUCGAGAGAGAGCGAACGUGCCCUUUGUGCAGGUCUAUGGUUAGACCGGCCGAUCUUAAAUCGUAUGGGGAUGGAUCAACUAGUCUUUACUUCCAGAUAUUCUGA